CCUUCAAUCUGCUGUUAGUAACUAACACACACUCACACUGAGACUCAAUUACUGCCCAAUUCCCUUCUUUCUUAUCAUCUCCUACUACCGGCCUCUAACAACAACAACAUAAAGCCGAGAAGGAAAAGGCACAUUACUUGAAAUAAUACUUGAAAUAAAUCGAGGAGGAAAAUCCGUAAAAGUGUCAAAACUAAGUUUGCAGAGCAGUGAUGUCUCAGGACUGACGAAACUCUUUACCAAUAUGGAGUCUGGAGAGCGGCUGGCCUCCCCACCAUCAGCCUCCUCCUCUGUGCCCUCUGCCUCCUCGACAGCCACAGCAACAGCCCCCUCCAAAGGCAGUCUAUCCACAGGGGCCACUGCACUGAGCGCCACACUCACCACCUGCGGGCAUUUGUUCCGGGCAUCCGGGGAUCAGCCAUUCACCUUGUCCGCUGUAUCAAGUGCCUUCCCAAUGGUCAAUCACCCAGCCUUCGGUCUCUACACUACAAGCUCAGGGCGUUCAGAGUUUGGAGGCCUGGGAACACUUGGUGCAUCUGCAGCCUUAGCGACACAUCCUCAGCUCGGGCCUUUUCCAGAAUGGUGGCGAACAUCAGAUGCCCACGCUUGUGCUGGUGCAACUUUCUUCCCACCUCUUCUGAGAAUUCCUCCUCUCUUUGCUGCGCCAGUUCAGAAUGCGGAUUCCAGUUCAUUCCAAUCCCGGACAGCAAGUAAGAAUGGCCGAGGAGCACAGAAAGGAAUGAAUGGUGCCGUAAAUGGGAGCAGCAAUACACUGCCAUCUGGAGUGAACACAUCUGCAAUGGCUGUCACAGUAUUAGGGUCAUCAGGGCAAACAAAAGUAGCAAACUCUAGUGGAAGAGGUCGGAAAUGUAAUCAAGAGCAAACUAAUAGUCAGCUUCAGGACAAAGCUGCUGACAAACCUAAAGACAAGAAACUCAGAAAGAAGCUGGACGACAGCUCCAGUAACAGCGAUAGUGAGUCUGGCUCAUCAUCGGAUACCUCUAGUGAAGGUGUAAGUAGCAGUGACUCUGAAGACGAUGAUGAUGACGACGAUGAAGAGGAUGAUGAUGAUCAAAGCAAUGAAGAAAGUGAGGAUGAUGACUCUAACUCUGAAAGUGAAGCAAGAGUGAAAGACAAGACAAAGGUGUUGAUGCAAAAUGUGAAAGAAGCCAAAAAGGAUGGCCAAAAGGCAGUUGAAGAUAAGGAACCCCAGGAUAAAACGACAAACCAACAGCGACAUUUUGCUUCUGAUCCCGAGACUCGGAAGCAGCCCCAGGUUUUGUCACAGCAACUCCCCCUUGUUUUCCAAAGCUCAGAGGCCAAGGAUGAGAUGGGAAAGAAGCACCUGAGUGUCAUUCAUUCCACAGGGCUUGCAGCCAGUACAAAACCCUUGGCUUUGGUCACUCAAGCAAGAAAGGAGUCCUUUCCUAAACCACAUUUUUCUUCAUUGGAAAUUCUCAAUACGGGGAAUAAAAAUACAACAGAGGAGCCUGGCUCACAGAUUAAUGAUUUGAGAUUGAAGCAGUCUUUCUACUUGCAGGAACAGUUCAAACUGGCAUUUCCAGUGCAACUGAAGAAACAACAAGAAUUGUAUAAGAACCAGAAGAAAGUAGCUUCAGCUUUGUCCAGUCCUAAACCCACCACAGAUUCCCCAGCCAGUCAGAAGCUGACCCCUGCUAACAGAAACCAUUCAAAUAUCUUCCUCUCUAAUACACUUUUGGGGCAUCAUCAGCCCAACGGGGUGAUCCAGAGUGCUAUCCAGGACUCCCCCUUAGCACUUACCACCAAACCCCGAAGUCAGCCAAAAUCCAACGACAAGCCGGUUCUAAAUUCCAGCAGCGCAUCCUUUCCAUCACCAGUAAACUUGUGUACAAGUGGAAAAAAUCAUUCCAGCAAUCAGAUGAUGCCAACCAGGCCAUCUACCUCUCCUGCUUUAUCCAGGGUGUCCGGGAAAGAUAAGGCAAUCGGUGCUAUGGUAACUCCUGUAGGAAAAGCCCCGUCUCACCUAGUGCAGUCUUUGCUGGAUCAGUUCCGGGGGGCAGAGUCGGACAUUCCCAGCAGCAAGGACUCUGAUGAUUCCAUUGAGGACGAGGAUGAUGAAGACGAUGACGAGGAUGACGAUGACGAAGAUGAGGAGGACGAGGAAGAUUCUGAUGAUAGCCAGUCAGAGUCUGUAAGCAAUUUUGAUUCCGACUCGGAUGGUUCAGAGGAUGAUGAAAAGGACCAUGAGGAGAUAGAAACAGAUACUGAAGGAGAGAAAACUCCUUUAAAACUAAACAAAACAGCUCCUUCACCUACCAACUGUACACCUCUGAACCUUCAAGUAAUAAAGACCCCGAACUCUGCUCCUUCUGCCUUACUGACUGUGCCAGGGUCACCAGCCUAUCACAGCACUCCGUCAUCUUCGUACACUCACUCCACAUCACCAGGCUCUGCUAAAAGGAGGAGGGUAACUGAUGAACGGGAGCUACAAAUUCCUCUAGAAUAUGGAUGGCAGAGAGAGGCAAGGAUAAGAGAAAUUGGUGGUCGUCUGCAAGGGGAGGUAGCAUAUUAUGCCCCAUGUGGAAAGAAACUGCGACAGUACCCUGAAGUAAUGAAGUACCUUACCAGAAAUGGAAUAACAGACAUCACACGAGAUAAUUUUAGCUUCAGUGCAAAAAUAAGGGUUGGGGACUUCUAUGAAGCCAGAGAUGGACCUCAGGGUAUGCAGUGGAGCUUGUUGAACAAGGAGGAGGUUAUCCCUCGUAUACGAGCUAUGGAGGGGCGAAGAGGGCGCCCCCCAAACCCAGAUCGAAUGCGUUCCGGUGACGGAUCUAGAAUGAGGCGCAGGAAAGGACGACCUCCUAACGUUGGGGCCUCUGAGAUCCUCAGCAACACUGAUGCCAAACUGAUCAGAAGACUAGAAGCUCAAGAAAUAGCCAGGCAAGCAGCCCAGAUUAAACUGAUGCGAAAACUUGAAAAGCAAGCACUGGCACGUGCUGCUAAAGAAGCAAGGAAACAGCAAGCAAUCAUGGCAGCUGAGGAAAAGCGAAAACAGAAGGAGCAAAUAAAGAUUUUUAAACAGCAGGAGAAGAUCAAACGAAUCCAGCAAAUAAGACUGGAAAAAGAGCUUCGAGCUCAGCAAAUUCUUGAGGCUAAAAGGAAAAAGAAGGAAGAAGCAGCAAAUGCCAAAAUAUCGGAAGCUGAGAAACGAACAAAGGAGAAAGAAAUGAGAAGGCAACAAGCUAUACUUUUGAAGCACCAGGAGUUGGAGAGGCAUAGACUAGAUAUGGUAUGGGAGCGAGAGAGGAGAAGGCAACAUAUGAUGCUGUUGAAAGCUGUGGAUGCUAGAAAGAAAGCUGAGGAGAAAGAACGAUUAAAGCAGGAAAAAAAGGAUGAGAAACGUUUAAAUAAGGAACGGAAAUUGGAGCUGAGGAGACUGGAACUGGAGAUUGCGAAGGAGCUGAAGAAGCCAAAUGAGGAUAUGUGCUUAGCAGAUCAUAAGCCACUUCCAGAGCUGAAUCGCAUUCCCGGCCUCGUGCUGAACGGAAGCACCUUUUCAGAUUGCCUGAUGGUAGUGCAGUUCCUGCGUACCUUUGGGAAGGUUCUUGGCUUUGAUAUCAGUGUGGAUGUCCCUCACCUGAGCGUGCUUCAGGAGGGGCUGCUCAAUGUGGGAGACAGCAUGGGAGAAGUGCAGGACCUGCUAGUGAGGCUCCUGUCAGCUGUCGUUUGUGAUCCAGGACUGCCACCUGGCUGCCGCGCAAAAACUGCUCUUGGUGACCAUUUGACAAACAUUGGGAUUAACCGGGAUAAUGUGUCGGAGAUUCUGCAGAUAUACAUGGAGGCACACUGUGGUCAGACAGAGCUCACUGAAAGCCUGGAGACAAAAGCUUUCCAGGCACACACUCCAAUGCAGAAAGCAUCAAUUCUGGCUUUCCUUGUGAAUGAGUUGGCAUGCAGCAAGAGUGUAGUGAGUGAGAUUGACAAAAACAUCGACCAUAUGUCUAAUUUAAGAAGGGACAAGUGGAUAGUUGAAGGCAAGCUCCGGAAGCUGAGGAUUAUUCAUGCCAAGAAAACAGGAAAAAGGGACACAAGUGGAUGUGCAGACGGGGGGGAGGAGCAGCAGGCCCUGGGCACCCCCACUGCUGGGCGCAAACGCAAGCAGAAAGGAGGGGACAGUGAUGACGAUGAUGAUGAUGAUGAUGAUGAUGAUAGUGACGAGCAGGGGGAUGAGGAGGAGGAUGAAGAAGAUGACGGAAAGAAAGGAAAGAAAGUGGAAGCUUGUGAAGAUGAGGAUGAUGGGUACCAGACCACCAGUGUUGAGGAACUGGAAAAACAGAUUGAAAAACUCACCAAGCAACAGAGCCAGUUCAGAAGGAAACUGUUUGAAUCGUCUCAUUCCUUGCGGUCAAUGAUGUUUGGUCAGGAUCGAUAUAAGCGCAGGUACUGGGUUUUGCCCCAGUGUGGUGGAGUUUUUGUGGAGGCCCUGGAAAGUGGAGAAGGUCAAGAGGAACUGGCAAAAGAGAGAGAGAGACUGAAGAAUGCAGAAAUGAUCCAGGUCAAGGAAGAGCCCCCUGAGGUACCAGAGGAGAAGCCUCUUGACAUUAUCAGUCUCAACAUCGGCGGUGCAGAGAGCAGGGAGAAGGGAAAGCAGAAGGACAAUCCUAAUCUAUUCUUGCAGAAGCCAGGCUCCUUCUCCAAACUCAGCAAACUCUUGGAAGUAGCAAAAAUGUCUCCAGAGUUGGACACGUUGAACCAGAAACCAAACGGGAGCCAAGCCAGCAUCCCCACAAUGAUCCCUUCUCCCAGUCACACUAUUUCACAAAGCGCACUGAGCCCACAGCCGGCUGUUUCCCAGGGCUGCUCAGACUCCAAGCCGGACUCUACCUUGAACCUGUUUAAUCCUCACCUGAACAGCCCAGGGAAGUUUUACAGUUCUCCGCUGCUUCCAAAUGACCAGCUUUUAAGGGUACUGACAGAGAAAAGUGGACAGUGGUUUAGCCUUUUACCAAGGACACCUUGCGAUGACACCUCUGUAACCCAUCCCACCAUGCCUACAACAUCCUCCCCCAAGUCUUCAACAAUGAGAUCUAAAUCUCCUUCCCCAUCUCCAGCACCUAUACUGGUGUCUGGAUCACCACAACACCCAGUGGGGCUCAACCCCUUUGCAUUUUCAGCACUUCAGAUGAAACCUGGCUUGCACCUAAUGGGGCUUCCCUUUUGUGGAUGGCCCUCUGGAAUGCUGAGUCCAAAUCUGCCCUUCACUAGUUCUCCACUACCGCAUGCGCUGAAUUCAGGAUUCGGAGUGACAGAGGGAAAUCACAAUCCCUUCUUGGCAGCCAGCGUUUCCACAAGUAAAAGCGAGUCUCCUGUGCCACAAAAUGAGAAGCCCCCAUCUGCCCCCUCUCCAGCAAUUGAAGUAGCGAAGCCUGUGGACUAUCCCUGUCCAAGGCCCAUUCCAGAAGAAAUGCAGACUGGUUGGUGGAGAGUCACAGAUGCAGAGGAACUUAGAACGUUGGUUAAAGUAUUACAUCUCAGAGGAAUAAGGGAAAAAGCCUUGCAGAAGCAAAUUCAAAAACACAUGGAUUACAUCAGCCAAGCUUGCUCUAAGAAUAGAGAUGUUGCCAUUAUGGAGAUAAGUAACAAUGAAGAAAACCAAGUAACUCAGGAAACUUUGGAGAGCUGGUGUGUAGAAGAGCAGGCAAUGGACAUGGAUAUAGCAAUUCUGCAGCAAGUGGAAGAGCUGGAAAGGAGAGUAGCUUCCGCAAGCCUGCAAGUCAAGGGGUGGAUCUAUCCAGAGCCUCACUCGGAGAGGGAAGAUCUGGUGUACUACGAGCACAAGCCACUCACUAAGUUGAAGCCUGAAGAAGAUAAUGUAGGGGAAAAACAAGACUGCAGUGAUAGCAGCAUUGUGCGCCACAUCAACAACCCCCUAGAUAUAGCUGUAACCAGGCUGGCUGAAUUGGAGAGGAACAUUGAGCGAAGGUAUCUGAAGAGCCCCUUAAGUACCACCAUUCAGAUCAAACUGGAUAAUGUGGGCACAGUUACUGUCCCUGCUCCUGCACCAUCCAAUAGUGGUGAUGGUGACGGAGGUGAAGAGGAUAUUGCUCCGGGCCUCAAAGUGUGGAGGAAGGCAUUGAGUGAGGUGCGCAGUGCUGCUCAGGUGGCUCUCUGUAUUCAGCAGCUGCAGAAAUCAAUUGCCUGGGAGAAAUCCAUCAUGAAAGUUUACUGCCAAAUUUGCCGAAAGGGAGAUAAUGAAGAACUACUCUUGCUAUGUGAUGGUUGUGACAAAGGAUGUCAUACUUACUGUCAUAGACCCAAGAUAACCACAAUACCUGAGGGUGACUGGUUUUGUCCUGCCUGCAUUGCGAAGGCAAGUGGUCAGUCCCCAAGGAGCAAAAAGCUCCAAAACCGAGGAGUGAGAAAAGGCAAUGACGUGAAAUGCAGCAAGAAGCUGUCCGUGGCUGGAGAUGUCUCGGAGGAUGAUGCUGCAAGUACAAGCAGUACUCCAAAGAAAGGGGGCAAAGAGCCCAAAAAGAGGAAAGGUGAUGAAAAUACAUCCUUAAACCAGACCAAGCAGGAGAGCUCCUCCUGUGUGAAAAAAGCUAAAACAGCAAGAGAUAACGCCAAGGAUCUGGCUUUGUGCAGCCUUAUCCUGUCUGAGUUGGAAACACAUGAAGAUGCAUGGCCAUUCUUGCUUCCUGUGAAUUUGAAGCUUGUGUCUGGCUAUAAAAAAGUAAUAAAGAAACCAAUGGCCUUUGCAACCAUUCGAGAGAAACUGGAUAGCUGCCAGUACCAAAAUCUUGAAGCAUUUGUUGUGGAUGUCAGACUAGUUUUUGAUAACUGUGAAACUUUCAAUGAAGAUGAUUCUGACAUAGGAAGAGCUGGUCAUAACAUGAGAAGAUUUUUUGAGAUACGAUGGACUGAACUUUUCCAAACAAGCUAAGUCCACUAUCAACCCAACCUUCACUAUCUGGGACCAGCAGUCAAAACUUCAAAUUACACAGCAGAGCAUUUUGACACAGUACUCCUCAACUCAGUGAAGAAAAUCUAAUCUUCAAAAACCAGGGCUCUUGAACUGCAUUAUAUUUAAAUGUGUUACGUACAGGUUUGUGUAGAACAGGGAAAACACACCCAAAGAGUUCAAGAUACAGGGGUGUCAUAGUGCAAUACCAUUUAUUCUAUGAAACCGCACUGAAUUUACAACCAUCAGAGCUGUAAUAGGGAAAGGAAGCUUUCUCAACUUGUAAUUAUUAUUAUUUUUUUUUUUACUUUGCAGUUAAUAUUAUAGUGAUUGUAUUUAAUUGUGUUAAUUAUUUAUGAGUAAAAGGUCCAGUCUUCAUUUUCUAUGAAAAGGAAGAAACAGCAAAAACUGCUUUAAAAAAAAAAAGAGAAAUCCUAAAACAAGGAGUAUUUCAAAUAUAAAACAAAGCCAAGAAAUAACUGUUUACACUGUUUUGUGUCGUAAGGGCACUCACAUUUGUUACAGUAAUACUGUAAAGCUGCAUUUUCGAAUUUGUUUUUGCAUCACUUAGUUGCAAAAGAACAAUGGCGCAACAGUGAGACAUCUGUAUAUACUGUUCAUUAAUGUUAAUAGUAAGUCUCGUUUGCAAUAUGUAUGAUGUGUACAUAUUGUUUUCAGACAUUGAACAUUGUUUAUGCCUUAGAAUGAUUGUAGCAUUUUAUUUGAGUCUUAAAGUGAUUAUACAUAUAUUGCUUGUACAGUGCAUAUCCUCUGCAAACACUGUGGUCUCCUUAAUCUUGGUAGUGCCUGUCUUUUCAACAGGGUGUAUGGGAUAUUUUUUUUUUCCCCCAUUUUUCUAUUUUUUUUUUUUUUAUAUAUAUAAUUUUGACUUUGCCGGGCCUCAAAAUUCAAACGGAAUCAUUUUUAUCCAUGUGAAAUAUAUUGCAACGCACAGUAUUUUUCAUAAAUGCAUUUCCCUCCACCUGCCUUGCCACAGAACUGAAGACACAAAGGACAUUUGUAACAACUGUGUUUGAACUACUGUGUAUUGUGGCCUACUGGAGGCAGCUAGAACAGAAUUUUUUGUACCUAAGUCAGAGUACUUGAAGUUGUUUUAUUUAAAAAUAUUGUGAAAAACAGGUAGCAUUCUUUUUGUAGAAGCAUUCAUUUUCAAUAGUGUGUGUGGCACGGAUAUAAUAAAAGGAUGUUUUUAAACCCAGUA